GCCGGCGCACCACAAAUUUAAUUGCAAAUUAAAAUUACAGCCCUACUCUGAAACAAAUUCACAAUUUUUGCAAUUGCAACAAUUUCAAAUCAUUUUCCAGUUGCACACCAAAUAAAUUAAGUCACACUUUAACUUUUUUUAUUUUUUUUACGUAACCCUAGCCACACUAUGUCAUCGGCAUAGGUUAUGUUUAAUGUCAAUAAAAAAGCAAAAUGAUCACAUCCCGGCUCCUUCACCCAAUAUGUAGGUGUCGAUUGAUGCUAUUUUCCAGCAACUCUAUUUCUAAGCAAAUCAAUCGCAGCAAAAGUCAAUCGGCCCUAAGCAAAACAGUAAAAAACGAGCUUGAUACUAAUGUAAAAUUAGGUGAAAAAGUGAAGGAAACCACAAAGACUGCUUCGUACUUAGGAAUAAUACUGCUGGGUGUGGGGGUUACAGGCUCCCUAUUUUAUGCAGUUUUUAAUGAGUUGUUUUCAAGUAAAAGCCCCAAUAAUGUGUAUUCUAAGGCGGUAGAGAGGUGUAAGGCUGAUCCAAGAAUUCAGGAUAAACUGGGGCUUCCAAUUACAGCUUUUGGGGCUGAAACAACUAGGAGGAGAAGACACUAUGUCAGUCAUGUGAUUUAUCAAAGAGACGGAAGACAGUGUUUGAGAAUGAAAUUUUAUUUAAAAGGGAGUUUUCAUCAAGGAACUGUGCAACUAGAAAUGGUGGAAAAUGAUUCAGGGAAAUACGAAUAUCGUUAUUUAUUUGUUCAAGUUGAUGAUUUGUUACAAACUGCAAUUGUUUUGGAAGACAACAGGAAUACAGCUUCGUCUUCGUCACAACCACUGGACUUGACGUUGUAAAUAAAACAAUGAUAAUAAAAUUUGUUGAAUUUU